AUGGAUAUCAUCGGAAUAAAGAAAAAAGUAGAUACAACUAUAUCUGAUCCAUUAGUACGAAAUGAAGCACGACGUUACUCACUUCGUACACGUCUUGCUUUUUUACCUGAUCACAUUAUCGGUAAAUCAUGGUUUUUCCGGUUAUUAACAUUGGUUUAUUAUUAUUGUUAUGUUUAUUUUCAUGCAUUUGAAAUUGUCGGAAUUGAAAAAAUCGAUCCUAAUCAAGGAUGUCUUUUUUAUGCUCGACAUUCAACACAUAAUGGUGAAAUCUUGGGUACAAUUGUAACGAUGUAUCAUAUGACAGGUCGAGUUCUUCGAUCGUUGAUUCAUCGAUGUUUAACACCAUUUUUUCCAAUUUUACGCUUAAUGGGCGCUGUACCGGGAGAACCAAAAAGCGCAACAUCAUUAUUAAAAAGUGGUUUUUGGGUCGCUGUUGUUCCAGGUGGAGCAGAUGAAGGUAUGAUUGGCCAUGAAAAUGCGUAUAAAGUAUGUUGGCCUAAAAAACGUAAAGGCUUUGCUCAUAUAGCUGUACAAGCUCAAGUUCCCAUGGUUCCAUUAUUCUUAGCUAAUGUAGAUGAAAUGCGUUGGAAUCCUAUACUUUGGCUAUGGAAUCUUUUAGGACUUGGUCGUUUAUUUUCCUAUAUUCGUGAAUUAGAUAUUCCAGUUUUAAAACCAUUCAUACUUUUAUUAUCAUCAACAGUAUGGUUUUUAGUAACAUUUAUUCAAAUUCCAAUACCAGCUAAAUUAACAUUAUAUAUUGGUGAUCCAGUACAAUAUGAUAUGUCAAAAGAUUCAAUUGAUGAUAUUGUUGAACGAGCACGUAAUGAUUUACAAUCAUUAAUUAAUCGUCAUCAACCAUAUGGAAAAUCUUAUUCGAAUGCUGUUAAACAAAGAAUUCAAUGUUUAACAAAAUAUUGGAAUGAAAAACUUUCUCAAGGAAAAAGUCAUAAACAAUGA